AUGAUGGGAUACGGUUUACAAUUUGAGUUGAAGGUGGCGGCUGGAUCAAAUUUACCUCGGUAUUCUGAUCGAGCCAUUCUCCCUCCGUCGGUUUUGUCAUCAAUCGUUGAUACCUACAGCGAGUCGAGUUUACCCCAUCCACUAAUAUUUAGAGCCUGGCAUAAUAAUAAUUCUUGUUACAUUGGGGUUAAAGAGUUCUCGUCAAAUGAAGGUGAGAUAUUCUUGCCUCACAUUAUCACCGAUAAAAUAGGAGCGGAAAAAGAUGAUGUUGUAAGAGUCGAAUUAGUUAAUAAUAUUCCGAAAGGUAAAUCAUUAACAUUGAAACCAUUACAGUUUUAUCCCCAAAUUCACAACUGGAAGUUUUUUCUUGAAUCUAAAUUGACGAACUUCUAUACUACAUUGACUAAGAAUAACGUACUUUAUAUUGAAGAUGGACCUACUGUUUAUGAGUUAUUUGUUGAAGGUGUUGAUGAAUCAUUAGAUACAAUUGGCAUUAUAGAUACUGAUGUUAUUCUUGACGUCAUUCCGUUAAAUGAUAUAAUGGCAAACCAGCAACUAGAGUUUAAUAAGAAUUUCAAUCAUGUAGAUUCCAAUAAUAUUAAUGAACUUUUUUUGAAUGAUGAAGUGAAGAUAAUGGAUUUAAAACCUUUUACAUCUAGCGAUUUCCGACCACAGGUCUACAAAUUGGAUCUUUCAAAUUAUGACAAAUCAAAACCCUUGACAGUAAAAAUUACUAGUUUGAAUCAUGAUUAUUCAUCUCUCUUUAAUCUUGAUUUAGUCGUUGGUUUGGAUAAGUUAGUAAAUUUGGAAAACUUUCGAUGGACUACCAUGAAUGACGAUUUUGAUUUGCAAUUUAAAUUAGACAACAAUAUGGCAAAUACAUACGAAAAGAUAAUAACUAUAAACAUGCAACAGAAUGACGAACUUUUGACAAAGAUUCAUAAAAUCAAUGAUGAUAUAUCCGAUCAUUUUAUAUACAUUGUGCCAUUUACAUGGGAAUUGAACGGGAACUUUACGCUAUCCAUAACAAACGAACAUAACAGUCUCAAAGAUUCUACAGCCUUCGACCAUAAUCAUGAUACAUCUGAUACUGUUAAAUGUUCGAAUUGUAACAAAGCAAUAUCCAAAGAUAAACUUUUGCUUCACGAAUCGUUCUGCUUGAGAAAUAAUGUCAAAUGUUCUUGUGGUUUGGUAUUUUUAAAGGAAAUUCCUACAAGCCAUUGGCAUUGUGACAAAUGCAACGAUUCCGCAAAAUAUGGAAAUUCGUCGUUGCUUAAGUUCAAGCACGAUAAGUUGUUUCAUGAAGCGUCUUAUAAAUGUAAUCAAUGCUCUAGCACCGCAGCAUUUAAUGAUUUUAUAGACUUAGUCAUUAACCACAAGGCACUUGUAUGUCCCGGGAAACUCCACGAAUGUCAGUUCUGUUUUUUGAUAGUACCACAAGGAGAGUCCACAUUUCAAGAUAAAGUAGCCAAUCUAACAAAUCAUGAAAACACUUGCGGCAACAAGACCACCGAGUGCUUUAAGUGCAAUAAAAUACUAAGAACAAAAGACUUGUCCAAACACUUGAAGAUGCAUGAUCUCGAUAAGGUACAGAUGAACCAGAAUACUAAAAUCAAUUUUAACAAGUGUCUGAAUGAGAAUUGUAUUAUAAUAAUCAAGGAUAACACAAGCAACCAGCUAGGACUCUGUGAUUACUGCUUUGGCUCAAUAUAUACCCCCCAGCAUGAUCCUACCAACAUUAAACUCCAGAGCAGAAUCGAGAGGAGGUAUAUGAUCCAAUUAACGAGGGGAUGUGGCUUUGUCUGGUGCAAAAAUAUCAAUUGCAAAACCCACAAUCCUACCCGUUUCGCAGGUAUGUCCCACAAAGAACUUCUAGCCUACAUCAACGACUCCUUAUUCUCCAGCAUCCGCACUCCCGGAUUUCCAGUCAACAAGAAUAAACCAUCUCCCCCCGGAAACAGGCUAUGGUUCUGUGUUAAUGAGUCAAUUCAACUGCGCAAGGACAUCCUAGAUCUCUUAUCUUCCGAGGACGAGUACGACGAAGAACUAAUUUACAAGCCCAUCAAUGAGUUAUCUGUCGUAAAUGAAGGCUCAGUGAGGGACUGGCUUCUUCAUAAUGGCGUCAGAAAAACCUAG